UUAACACGUUCACUGCCAUCGGCGCACCAGCGCGUCCGGCCGAUACUAGUGCAUAUGCCGUCGACGCGCCUGCGCGGCGAGACACUCAGCUGUUUCUCAGCGCCACAGUUUAGUCGGGCACAGCCAUUCGGUGUGGUUCAUUGCGCAGGCACUCUAAGAACGUAUUGUUUUCAAUUUUUGCGGGUGCGGUUCGUGUGUUUUCCCUACAGUUUUUCUCUGUUGUGGGACUGAAAAUGGAAGACAAUCGUGACACGGCGGGCCCUUCAGAACCUAAGAAACGUAAAACACAGGACACAAGAAACGUACAAAAACUAACGGAUGCGGAAUUAUUACGAAUAUUAGAAGAAAGCGAUUCGGAAACGGAACUGGCCAGUGAGGAGGACGGCGUGGAAUCCAGUGAAGAGUCUGACGGAGCCGAGUUUGUUUUAGAUGAGACUGUAGAAAUGGCUGUGAAUCCUAGCGACAGGGAAAUGGCAGAAGGAGUGGUAACAAGAGAUAACGCAGCUGAUACAACUGUUGCGUGGGAAAGAGAGCCAGUUGGAAUGAUAAAUUGCCCAUUUAUAAAAAAUGAGGGACUGCUUAUUCAACCGACGGAAAACACUCCCUUAGAUUAUUUUCGUCUUUUGCUGACGGACGAAUUUCUAUUGACAGUUGUAGAAGAAACAAAUCGAAACGCGAUUGAAUUAUUCCUUUCUGCGGGAACCAAAGGACAAUCACGAAUAAACUGUUGGAAAGAUGUGACUGUUGGCGAAUUGUUAGUGUUCUUGGGAGUUUUCCUGCACAUGGGAAAUGUAAAGAUGAGGAAUUUGCAGGACUAUUGGAAAAAGGACGCUUUAUUCAACGUGAAAGGAAUUGCCGAUAGUAUUUCACGAAAUCGUUUUCUGCUAAUACUACGUGCAUUACACUUUUCUGAAAAUCCAAAACAGGGCAAACCAACACCAUCCGACAGGUUGUAUAAAAUACGUCCCGUUAUCAAUUUUUUCAAUGAAAGGAUGUGCCAAGUUUACUACCCUGGAUGGGAACUGUCUCUGGACGAAUCAAUGAUCCUUUGGCGUGGACGAUUACUUUUCCGUCGGCUAACAAAGAGACAUUUUUUGCAGCACAUACCUGCAACUACUAAGAAGUAUGCUGCUCGUGUGUGUCACUUAAAAAUGGACAAGUUUAUAAUUAGGAAGAAAUUUGACAAUGUGGAAAGUGUUGGCGAUGGUGAAGCUAGACCUAGUGUUAGUGGUGCUGUGACACAGAUAGUGACGGUACAAAUGUUUGAAGAAAAACGUUUUCAGUUUUCGUGCAAAAUGGAAAAACCUGUCAUGGAAACUGGUUUUUCGAACUGGAAGAAAGGGGUAGAAAAGUUGAAAGCGCAUGAAGCAUCGGGCUGCCACAGAGAAGCUGUACUGAAAUCAAAAUCCUUAAAAUCGAAUGUCAAUGUAUUUAGCCAGAUUUACAACAAUAAACUGACACAAAUGAAAGAAAACCGAGUUUGUUUACUAAAAAUCAUAUCUUCCCUCCGUUAUUUAACAGUGCAGGGGCUUGCAAUGCGUGGGCAUAUUGAUGAAGCAAGUAACUUCGACAAUUUAUUACGCUUUCGAUGUGAAGAUAACCAGCUACUUCUAAUAUGGCUACAGCGCAGAACUUACAAAUGGACAUCCCAUGAUGUGCAAAACGAAAUUUUGGCCAUUUUAAGUCAUACACAUCUUAGACAAUUAUUGGAGGACAUCAAGAUUGCAGAGUAUUUUGCAAUAAUAGCAGACGAAACAACAGACAUAGCCACCAAAGAGCAAUUUAGUAUCUGUAUAAGAUUUGUUGAUGCUUCGCUAGAGAUGGAAUAA